AUGACCCCAUUGGGCUCGACCCAUGAUCUCGUUACGAAAGACGACUACAAGAUCGAUGCAGACGUCGGCGAUGAGACCGUCAAUGACAAUGAGAACCGAGCACAAGCUCUGCCACCGGUUGAUGGGGGAAAGGCCGCAUGGUUCUUCUUGGCGAGCUGUUAUCUGCUCGAGCUCAUGUGCUUCGGUCCCGCCUUCUCCUGGUCGGUGUUUCAAGACUACCUGCAACGAUCAGAACACAGCCCGCUGCGGCACGAAUCGACGGUUACCAUCUCAGCGAUCGGUACGCUCCUCUUUUCGAUGCUCUACUUUGCGCCUGCGAUCGCUCGACCGUUCUUCUGGCUUCACCCCGAUUAUGCCCGACUGGCGAUGAGGGUUUGCUUGGGCGUGGCCAUCGUCGCGCUGAUUGGAGCCAGCUUUGCGACGAACGCUGGGACACUCGUAGCGGUCGUUGGUUUCAUCGUCGGUCUGGCAUGUGGAAUCAUGACGACGCCAUACCUCCUGUGGCUGCCUCAGUGGUUCGUCAGGCGUCGAGGUUUCGCUAUGGGAGUAGCAUUCAGCGGAGCCGGUCUCGGAGGUCUCCUCUUCCCAUUCAUCUUCAGUGCAUCGCUCGAGAAUCUCGGAUUGGCCUGGACGCUGCGGAUCUGGGCGCUAUGUCUACUCGUUGGAGCUGGGCCUGCUUUGAUUGGAAUUCGACCUCGACUUCCUAUCACUGCUAGGGUCGCCAACAAGUUCAAACAUCGACGGGCGGACUAUGUCAAGGUCAUGAAAAAGCAGUUUGGUUAUCUUCUCAGUACCUUGUGGCUCUUCAACGCUCUUCUGACGUUGACGGCUAGUGCCGGGUACUUUGCCAUUUCGUUCUAUCUGGGAACGUACUGCAGUAGUCUGGGGCUGAGCAGUGCUGCUUCCACUGGGGCUGUCUCUGCCUUCAAUGCUGCAAGUCUUCUCGGAGAGAUCACGAUCGGCUACCUCUGCGACCGUUUUUCAUACACCAAAAUCAUGCUCGGGAUCGGUAUUACCGGGACCUUGGCUUCGCUGCUACUCUUCGGUCUAGCCAAGAACCUUGCCAUGGUUCUGCUCUUCACGUUGAUCUUUGGCUGGGCCGCUGGAUCGUUCUGUGCUACUUGGCCAGCUUCCGCCACCGACAUCGCUCGCCUGCGUAACAUGCAGAGCGCCGACGUCAUGAUCUCUUACACCAUCAUGCGAGGUAUCGCUGCCAUCGUAGGACCGCUGGUGGCAGCCAAGCUGUACCGACCGGAUCUUAAGGCCGAUGCGGCCGUCUUUGGAAGCUUUGGAUUCCGUUCGUUGACGAUCUUUGUAGGGAUAAUGAUGAGCUUGGUUGCGGGCUUAGCGGUAUUAGCCGAGUUCUCCCGGCGGAUGAGCUUCAAGGGUGUCGACGUAAAGCUGUUGGGGGAACGUCUGUAA